AUGCCUGUCAACGGACAACUCAACGGACAAAAGUCCUCGAGCCUAACCAAUGGCAUCCAACAAGCCGUCGCGUCCAAGACACAGCCUUCAGUGCCCGGAGUUCCGACCUCUGCUGCCAACGGCGCCCACGUCAAUGGCAACCUGAACACCAAGUAUCACCACAUCUGGCUGGUUACUGGCCCGGCUGGCUGCGGAAAGACAACGGUGGCCGAGUACUUGGCUCAAAAUCUUAAGCUCCCUUACAUUGAGGGAGACAGCUUCCACCCCAAGGCAAACAUCGAGAAGAUGGCCAACGGCAUCCCCCUGACCGACGCCGACCGAUGGGACUGGCUUGUUGCCCUCCGUGAGGAGUCCCGCAACCAACUGUCCGCGGGCUCUGACGGAGUCGUCCUGACCUGCUCUGCGCUGAAGCGCAAGUACAGAGACGUCAUCCGCGUAGCCGGAUACUACGACCGCACGAUCCUCAUCCACUUCAUCUACCUUUCCGCGCCCGAAGAAGUCCUCGUCCAGCGUGUGACGGCCCGCAGCGCUGCCACCAACCACUACAUGGGCGCCAACAUGGUCCGCAGCCAGUUCCAGUCCCUCGAGCCUCCCAUGGCCGACGAGACCGACGUCAUCAGCGUCGACGUCAGCCGCAGCAUCGAAGAGGUCGAGAUCGAUGCUCUGGCCCGUGUCAAGGCGAUGAUGGAGAAGGAGGAUGAGCAGUGA